AUGCCGCACAGAGUUGUGCAAGUAUGGAAUGUGAUUGAUCGGAAUGCUCCUAAUGGCUCUUUGAGAGGAAGGGACGUUGAAUCCGACCAGGCUAAUGUGCUCCCAAUGCUGCGAAUGUCAGCCAACAGUAUUGCUUGUCAAGACCAUCAAAACUGCAGCUGCCAUCGUUCGAGGCAAUCUAGAGCCUCCUCUGCGGACGUGGUGACAUGCACGAAAUACCAAUCGCGACUUCAAGUGCGUCAACACAUUCACCAGGAAAAUCUACAACGGCUCGAACAUAUCUAUGCCAAUGAGGGUAAAGACAGUGGUGCAUUUGCCACACCGCCCACAUAUGUGAUUGUAGCUUCACGGGAACAGGAUAAUGUGCCAAAGAGUCUCCUAGUAUUCGAACACCAAGGAUAUUCAAGAGAGGACCGCUGGAGACGAGAAACCGUGAACACUGAAACUACUGCGAUGAUCACCGGGAAACUAAACAAAACCGAGGAAAUGAUGAAUGCAAGAAAGGGUAUGUUGUGCUGUGGCCAAAUGAGUAUUUCACGUUGUCACUUUUGUAUGAUUAGAUGA